UAGAGAGAAUCAGAGGAAAAUUUUGCAAUGCUAGACGGUCGACAAGACGCCACUGCAGGAUGGUUGCUGUAGGCACCAACACACAAAGACAUAUCAACCCCACCGGUGUCGAACGCGCUAUAUACACUCGCAACCUUCACGGGCAUAAACUACCGUCGUCUGUAACAUUACCCUCUAUACCGCCGAGACUUUCCACAUGUAUUUUGCGACAAAGACAUAGAGACACGAGCGUCGAGGAAUUACGUGCACUUGAGAGAGAAAAGGGAUGGGAGUUUCUACUACUAGGCAAUCAACAGACUUUGGCUUUGCGAAGAUAUCUAACAUCAUCCACACUACACGUUCCCGUACGGAAUUUGAGACAUAGGUAGGGGAACGGAGAGAGUUCUCAAUUCUCGAG